AUGGAACCGCAAGAGUUCACCAACUCGUCAACGGCGUCCAUAGUGGAAACGAGCUUAGAGGAGAAGAAUCGACGACGCUUCUUCAGGAAGACAGGCCGGCUGGUCGCCAGCGGCUCCAGCUGUGAAGCAGACAUAUCUGCUGUCGAUUGCGAACGCGACCUCACGCCAGGCAGCCUGGAGGUCUGGGUUGACCUCCCAGACGCUAUCAAGUACGAUCCGGCACUAGCGCCCUUCAAGCAGCUGUAUGAACAACACCAUGGCAAACUGGAGUCUACACCCACCACCCCGAUCACGCCUGAAGGCGACAGAAAUAUAUUCAACAAAAAAAUAUCGGAUUCUACAGUCGAUGUUCACGAGCCCAUCGACAGAAACACUAACUGCAAAGAUGUUGAUAAUAGGUUAAUAGAACCAAAGGUGCCACACGAUGAAGAGAAGAAAAUUCCUCCGUCAGCACGAAAAAAACAGUUCGACAGAACCCUGCGAGUGGUGAAGCUGUCAGUUCUUGUUGCUUGCUGGGCAUUACUUACCAUCUCCCUGCUCCUGAACAACGAGAAGAAUGAUGUGAUACUGCAUACUGCGGUCAACGUUGGAGAGGUUCAAGAAUACUACCUUAAAUCAACCCAAGAAGAUUUCACCGUUUCGGUAUCAUUGUCUGGACCGUUCGCGGAUUCGAAGAGCAACGAUACCACUUUGCUGCAGCUAUGGCUGCACAGGAGUUCAGGAGAUAGAAAACAAGCGCAGAAUUCGACGCUGUGGAUCAUUAAUAUUCAGCCGGAUGACGUCAUAAACUUUUCGCCCAGUGCAUCGGAAUCACAAACCCUUGUCCUGGAGAAACACAGAGGCCCUAAAAAGGAACGAAGGCCUUUGAAUACAACUGCUGAGAAUUCCUCUUCGGGUAGAAACGAAACCAGUGUGUACCUCCGCAUGAGUACCAGUAGUAACAAGGCCGUACCUUUGACGGUCAGCUACCAACUAAAUCCGCUGUCAGAAGAGGAUGGCAUCAUUUACGCGUCUAUACUGCUCUGCGCUCUGUAUAUCUUGAUUAUUUUUGAGGUAGUAAACAGAACCAUUGCCGCUUUACUAUCAUCGUCUCUUGGAGUAGCUGUACUGGCUCUGAGCGGCGCCAGACCCUCCCUGCCCGAGCUCGUCUCCUGGCUGGACAUGGAGACACUGCUGCUGCUGUUCAGCAUGAUGAUCCUUGUGGCUAUACUUGCUGAAACUGGAUUAUUUGAUUACCUGGCUGUUGUUGCUUUUGAGGUAACUGGAGGCAGGACGUGGCCACUUAUCAACUGUCUCUGCUUCUUCACCGCCUUCUUCUCUACGUUCUUGGACAACGUGACAACUGUCCUACUGAUGACACCGGUUACUAUAAGAUUGUGCGAAGUGAUGCAACUGAACCCGAUACCGGUGUUGAUGUCAAUGGUCAUAUUCAGUAACGUAGGGGGCGCUGCGACCCCCGUCGGUGACCCACCCAAUGUCAUUAUUGCCAGCCAUAGGGCUAUAUUGAACGCGAAUAUAAACUUCACAUCGUUCACGCUGCACAUGGGCGUUGGUAUCCUGCUGGUGUGCGUGCAGACGUACCUGCAGCUCCGAUACAUGUUCCGAGACAUGAACACGCUUCGACACAGCGUGCCGAGGGACAUAGUAGAGAUGCGUCAAGAAAUAGGAGUUUGGAAGAGGGCCGCAGCAUCCCUCUCAUCUUAUUCCAGAGAUGAAGAUAUCGUGAGACGUGCGCUAGAAAAAAAAGUGCAGAGACUGCAAACUAUGCUGUUGAAACGUGAAACCAACAGUGGAAAGUCGAAAGCAGACCCACAUUUCUGUUCCACCCUAGCACAGAUGAAACAGAAAUACCGCAUCAGAGACAAACAGCUGCUUAUCAAAUCUGCAGUGUGCGUCGCUUUUGUGGUCGUAGUGUUCUUUCUUCACGCAAUACCCGAAUUACAAAGGCUAUCUCUUGGCUGGACUGCGCUGCUUGGAGCACUAUUGCUUCUACUUCUAGCAGAGAGAGAGGACUUGGAACCUAUUCUGGCUAGAGUGGAGUGGUCUACCCUUCUGUUCUUUGCUGCCUUGUUCGUGAUGAUGGAGGUUCUAUCAAAGUUGGGACUGAUAGCUUGGAUCGGAAGCUUAACUGAAUCCCUUAUAUUGAAAGUCGGUGAAGAAUCCAGACUCUCAGUGGCUAUUAUGCUUAUAUUGUGGGUUUCAGGCUUAGCAUCAGCCUUCGUCGACAACAUCCCAUUAACCACAAUGAUGGUGCGUGUGGUGGCAGCACUCGCGGAUCCAAGCGGACUUGCGCUUCCUCUACCCCCUCUCGCGUGGGCACUAAGCUUCGGCGCCUGCCUUGGAGGUAAUGGCACGUUGAUCGGCGCGAGCGCGAACGUUGUCUGCGCAGGCGUUGCAGAGCAACACGGGUACAGGUUCACCUUCAUUCAGUUCCUCAAGAUCGGCUUUCCCAUCAUGCUGGGGAACCUUCUCGUGGCCUCCGUGUAUCUGCUGCUAUGCCACAGUGUUUUCUCCUGGCACUGACGCUUCUGCGGCGUGUUCGGAACAUCCUUUCAUAUAGUCAUCGUUAUCAACCCAUUAACGGCUCUCAGGGCACGGGUCUCCUCUAAGGAUGAGAAGGGUUUAUUCUAUCACUUCUUCUCGACAUCACAUGCUCAGGAUGAGAAGGGUUUAUCGGCCGUAGUCUACCACUUCUUCUAGAGUUCACAAACUUUGUGGAGAACUCGAACAAUUACCUUCGCCGUUAAAGCAAGUGCAAUUCAAUUGCUUAAAACGCACAUAACUCCGCAAAGUAAUGCACGCUUGGACCGAACUCGAUCUCCCAGAUAUGGAAGCCGAAGUCCUAACCACGAGGAUUACCUAUCCUUAUCCUAAACAUGGCCUGUUAAUAGAUCAUCCAAAAGUGAGUUAACACCGCAGGCGAAAGUUUUUAUCACAAUUCGCCCUACCUACAUUCCCAACGGUCUCCCCAUAUGUAUCAACUCUUUGGUGCAGUGGUGAGCGCACUGGUCUCAUAACUGGUAGUUCCUGGCUUCAAUCCCCGUAAGAAGCAUUUGGAAAUUAAUAUUUCUGAUUUUUCUCUGUAGGGUUAGCAUGCGCGCCACGAGAUAAUUAUCUCUACCCGUUCCUCGUAUUCUUUUUAUAGAGAAAGACGACAUAAUAGGUAGACAUAACU